AUGGCUUCCAGAAGCAAGUGGCUGCUUCUGCUGCUCAGCUGCACAGCCAGCGCCCACGUCCUGGGAGAAAUCAUCAUGAGGCCCAGCUGUGCCACUGGGUGGUUUUACCACAAAUCCAACUGCUACGGCUACUUCCGGAAGAUGAGGAGCUGGGCUGACGCUGAGCUCGAGUGCCAGGCCCAUGGAAGUGGGGCCCACCUGGCCUCUGUCCAGAACUUGAAGGAAGCCAGGACCAUAGCGCAGUACAUCAUUGGCUAUCAGAACAACAAGUCGGUGUGGAUCGGCCUGCACGACCCAGAGAAGAAGCAGCAGUGGCGGUGGAUCGAUGGGACCCCGUUUUCCUUCAACACCUGGGCCAGCAGGGCCCUGGGCGUGAACAGUCACUGUGCUGAAAUGAGCUUCAGCAACAACUUUUUAACUUGGAACCAAAGAGAAUGCAGCAAGCUCCAGCACUUCCUGUGCAAGUACCGGCCCUAG